GGGCAAAGGAUAUACGCUGAGACUGUUAAUUCCGCCGAGAGCUAGGAGGUGGGAAGAAGUUGUGUGGGCGGGGUCAGGGGUGAAAGGUCAGAGGGCUGCAAAGGGGGCGGAGCGAGCCGGAGGCGGAUGGCGGCUGAGGCGGCUCAUCAUCUUCGGCGGCAGAGGCGCUGAAGCGGGGACGCGGGUCCGGCGCGUCCGGCAGUGGGAGGAGAGCGGCGGCCGCUCCCAACAUGCACAGCCUGGCGACGGCUGCGCCCGUGCCUACUGCACUGGCUCAAGUGGAUAGAGAAAAGAUCUAUCAGUGGAUUAAUGAGCUGUCCAGUCCUGAGACAAGAGAAAAUGCUUUGCUGGAGCUGAGUAAGAAGCGAGAAUCUGUUCCUGACCUUGCACCCAUGCUGUGGCAUUCAUUUGGUACUAUUGCAGCACUUUUACAGGAAAUUGUAAAUAUUUAUCCAUCUAUCAACCCACCCACCUUGACAGCACACCAAUCUAACAGAGUUUGCAAUGCUCUGGCGUUACUGCAGUGUGUGGCCUCACACCCAGAAACCAGGUCAGCAUUUCUUGCAGCACACAUCCCACUUUUUUUGUACCCUUUUUUGCACACUGUCAGCAAAACCCGUCCCUUUGAAUAUCUUCGGCUAACCAGUCUUGGAGUUAUUGGGGCCCUGGUGAAAACAGAUGAGCAGGAAGUAAUCAACUUUUUAUUGACAACAGAAAUUAUCCCUUUGUGUUUGCGCAUUAUGGAAUCUGGAAGUGAACUUUCUAAAACGGUUGCCACAUUCAUCCUCCAGAAGAUCCUCUUAGAUGACACUGGUUUGGCUUAUAUCUGUCAAACAUAUGAGCGUUUCUCCCAUGUGGCCAUGAUCUUGGGUAAGAUGGUCCUGCAGCUAUCCAAAGAGCCUUCCGCCCGUCUGCUGAAGCAUGUAGUGAGAUGUUACCUUCGACUCUCGGAUAAUCCCAGGGCACGUGAAGCGCUCAGGCAGUGCCUCCCUGACCAGCUGAAGGACACGACCUUCGCCCAGGUGCUAAAAGAUGACACCACCACGAAACGCUGGCUUGCACAACUGGUGAAGAACCUGCAAGAGGGCCAGGUCACCGAUCCCCGGGGUAUCCCCCUGCCCCCUCAGUGAUCCUCCCCUGUCCCCUCCCACUACUCCCCCAAGUUGGGGAAGGGAGGGGAAACCUGCGAGGAAAACAGCUCAGGUUUAAUGCUGACCGGAAAUAGACAACCUCAAUGCUGAACUGCACUGGAGAAGAGGGGCGAGGUGCCCCCGCUGAGGUGUAUGAGCUGCCAUCUCGGGCUGCCUUGAGGACCUGGGCUCCCUCUGUUACUCCCAGGGAACGGGCUCCUGACAAAGCAGUCCGCCACCACAGCCCCAGGAGGGUGUCAACACCAGCAAAUGCUGUAUUUGCAGCAUGCCCAAGAUGACCCUUCUCGCCCACCUCACCUAGCCACUGGCAGGGGGGACAGUGGUGACAGCAGCAGCACUCUAGGCAUGCUGAACGCCUGGGACCAAGCCAUGUGGCGUUUCUAUUUUGCCUUCCUGGAAGACUCAAGAUGUGUCUCUUCGUUCUCUCUCUCAGUAUUUGUUUACUUUGGUUUUUUGUUUUUAAUCUCAGAGAGAGGUGUAUUUAGUGGACACAAGCUGUAAUAUUCAGCAAAACUUUGUCAAUUGGCACUGUUUACAAGUCUGUUAGCUGCAUAAGCUCAAUAAAAAGUUGGUCUGGGCAUUACAUCCCCUCCAGCAGGCCAAUAGCUGCAUGAGCUUUGGGAGGAAUGGGAGAUAGAGGAGAGAUAAAAAGCCAAAGGACAGCAGGAAGCCACCGCCUAUUUCCUCUCCCUUUCCCAUUCUUCUGCCCCCAGGUCUGGAUGCCACAAGGACCUUAACCUUGUUUCUGGCUUUAGCUGCUAGCUUUUCCAAAUCUCAGUGCUUUUCCCUUUUUCACUUCCCUCCUAUUAAACUUAAAACAGACGUCUUAAUUCAUCAGGCUGUCCUGGAAGGGUAUUGCACUGGGGGAGGAGAGGCGGUGGUGACCUCACCUUCUAUUCAAAUUCUCAAAGAUAUUUCCUGGAUGACUUUUAAAAGGGAGGUGCCUGGGAUUAAGAUGGUAGGCUACUUGAUCCUAUUCUUUGCUUUAGUGUGAAUUUCUGCAGCUCCAUCUGUCUUCAUGAUUGUACUUGAAGCAGUAUUAGCUGAAGGAGUUAAUUUUACUCAGAUGUAAGAUGGAGGGCUGGACUCUGCUUGCUCACUAGUCUCCCCCCACCUUUUUUUUUUACACAUUCCCUCUUCGUCUAUGGGAAUUACAGGAUUGCCACUAAAAUAUUUUCCACUUGUUCAAAUGGUGUCAGAGAAUCCCCCUUCCUUCUCUGGAGCUUUGGAUGACUCUGUUCCCAGUCCAGAGCGUUGAAUCUGUAACCCGAUGUAAACUGCCUUGCUUCCACCCAGUCCUUCCCCCUGCUGACACCUGUUCUCUCUCUCAUCCCUAUCUCCAGUCAAAGAUGAGAUUGUUAAUGCAACUCUAGAGAGAGACGCAGUAUUUCAUGUCCACAUCUCACACAAAUGAAGGCGUCUCUGAACAAGUUUGGGGAGGGGCAGGCUCGGAAAAACCUUUGCUGAGGCAGUUUUGCCAACACAAGGGCUCUUUCAAGCCGACUUUCAUAAAGGGAGCCGGCCUUGUUAGUUGGCUUCUGUCUCUUUAGAGCCCAGAGAGUAGUAAUUAGGUAGCCUAGAUGUAGGAAGGGUGGAAUAAGCACUUAUUCCCCUGCCUUCCAAAAUGAAGAGGAGAAGCAGGCCAGCUCUCAGUGAUCUCAGACCUGAAGAGAAGAGGUCUUGGAGAAGGCAGAGAACAGCAUGGACCGGAUAGACUCUUGACUCCCUUCUGCCCACAGUUUGUGAUCUGCAGAGUCCAGCUAGGGUAACCCUGAUUUUUGCCAACCACCUUCCUGCUGAGCCAAAGUUUUCUCAUUCUCCCUCCACUGGGGAAGCAGCUGAGGCCCAGGGCCUUGCUCCCUGGGAAAUUCUCUCUCCAUCUUUUCGGUGCAUUGGCCAUGUUACUGUGCCAAUAGUGUCUUAAUUCUUGUUCCAUCUGUUCUCAGCUAGCCUUGAACCCCACAUAGGAGUUGUGGGGAGGGGUGGAAAUGGGUGUUACUCCUUGUAGUUGAUCCUGAUGUGUGUGUUUAUAAAGAGACCCCUCCCCUCAUUUUGUGUUUUCAUCCCUCUUACUCCCUCAACAGGAUUGAAAUAAAACAUGCUUCUGUUUUUAUAAAAAUAAUUUUUCCUUUAAACCGGAGAGUUUAUUUUGUCAAGAUAGAGCUAUCUAGGCACUUUGGUCAGGUGAUCCUUAUCUACAGUGCCUCUACCCUUUGUCCACCUACACAAGCACACUGCCCUGCCAAGAUGGUUCCUUUGUGGAUAGGUCCUUUGGGAGAGUCUUGCUGAUGUAUAAAAGCUGUUUGGGAGGCUGGGAUGGUGCCCUUUAUCUGGUAAGGUGUCUAUUCCUGGGACAGAAUCUCACUGCUGGCUCUAGUGGCCAGACCUUAGUACUGGUAUAGGAGAGACUUCUGUAAGUGAAGACGUAAUAUUUGAAACAUUUUAUCACAGACUUUAAUAUUCGUUUCCUUCUGGGGUUUAAGACUUAGAGGAGCACCUCUCCAGAGCUGUUUCCAGGCCUAUUCUGGGCUCUCAGUGGGACAGAGCCAAGCUCUGCUUCCAGCUUCUUUUUUGCAAGGCUUUAGAGAGCAUGUAACUGUUUCACUGGUGGAGCAGGGCAAGGACAGACAUUGGUAGCCUUCAGAGCCUGCCUUCCUUACUAUCCUUCUGUGUAUAUGACUCCCUUUCUCACUAUUCCUGUGGCUCAAAAGCUGGGAAAGGCAGGGAGAUACACAAAGCUAUUGCUAUCCAAAAGCCUAAGGAAAAUAUUUGGACUAGGAAACCAUAGAAUGAAAUGAGAUUUCUUUUCUGAAUGUUGUGGAAUUUAAUUUUUUAAAAAAUGUUCUAAUACAUUUAUUUCAGAAGCAGAUGUAACAGAUAAGUUGAACAGCACAAUUAACAAACCUAGCGUAACUGACAUAGAACACUGUGCCCUAAACCAACAGUAUGCAUAUUCUUUUUAACCACACGGGAAGCAUUUACCAAAGGUGAUCACAGCUGGACCAGCAAGCAAGCCUCAAAACAUUUCAAAAAAUUAGAAUAGAAUGUUCUAUAACACAGUGGGAUUAAGCUAGGAAAAAGAAAACUGGAAAGUCCCUGUUUAAGAAACAAGCCAUGCAGUUCUAAAUAACUCAUGGGUUACAAAAGAAAUCACAGGAAAUUAGAAAUAAAUUUUAAUUGAAUGAUAAUGCAGGUGUGCCAUAUCAAAACCUGUGGUAUAGAGGUAAAGCCAUACAUAAAAGAGAAAUAUGCAUUACCUUAAAUUCACAUUACAAAACAUAAGGCUGAAGUCAGUAAUCUAAAUUUUCAUGUCAAGAAACUGGGAAAGAAAAGCAAAUUCAAAAAACAGAAAGAAGAAUACAAAAAAAAAAAAAAGCAAGCAAGCAAAAGUCAAUGAAAUAGAAAACAAAUGUAAAAAAAAUCGUUGAAGCCAAAAGUCAUUCCUUUGAAAACCGAAAAAAAAUUUGAUAAACCUUAGUAGACUGAUCAGAAAAAAAAGAGUGUGUGUCAACAGUGUUAGAAAUGGAGUAAGGGACAUCACUCGUAUCUUUCAUCAAUCUUUAAUAAACUUCCAGAGUUUUAGAAAAGGAACAGAUCCCAAUUCACUUCUGAAGUGGUAUAACCCAGACACCAAAACCCAUAAAGGCUAUUACAAGAAAAGAAACCUGGGGCCAAACUCCUGUGAAUGUAGGUGUAAAAUUCCCAGACGAAAUAAGCAAAUCUAGCAACAUGCAAAAAUGAUAAUGGAGGGCUGGCCCCAUGGCCUAUUGGUUAAGUUUGGUGUGCUCUGCUUCAGUGGCCAGGGUUU